UGUAAAUGCGUUUUAGGUAACAGAUAAAAUAGUCUGUUGGGAUCAAUCUUUAAGGCAAAGUGAGAGCAGCUUAAUAUCUUUUGUUUUAACAUUUCACGUGGUUACAUGAAGUUUGGUCCCUUACGACCGCCAUCGCCGUCACUCCCUCCCUUUUCGCGUCACAAGCUAUUCAGUCUAGUUAGAAAGAAGAUGGCGGAUCUGUCUUUGGACGAAUUGAUUCGCCGACGCGGAUUAAACUCUAAAUGGACCGACAGCAGGCCUGCAUUUCGGCGGGGUGGCGGAGCCGUCGGCAGGACGUUUGAUGCCAGACAGAAAAUCGGAGUCGCCGAUGUCAGGCAGAGGAUUGGUGGGGUUAGAGGUAAUCCACUAACCCCGGCCCCAGUUUCUGAUGCCCGCGAGAAGCUGGCCCAGAAGGACGCCCGCUUCCGCAUCAAAGGAAGGGGGGCGGGAGGGACCAUGCAGGAUGCCAGGCAGAUGAUCAACUCUCGCAAGCAGCUGCAGCAGUCGCAGAGCGUAACGCAGCUGCAUUCACAGUCGGCACAGUCGCACGGCAACAGCGUCGGAGCCAACUCGCAUGCCACCCUCUCAGGCCUCGCUUCCCCGCAGGGGUUAACCAAUAGGGUGCUGGGGUUGGAGCAGGGGGCAGGACCUAAGAAGGUGGUGGAUGCACGGGAUAGGCUCAGCCUGAAGAGGAGUGUGGCCGUAGCCCUGCCAACGGUUGGGUCUCCAUUACCUAUCAAAAUUACAAAGACCAUCCAGCAAAAGCCGGUGGGCAUGACCAGCGGGGUCCGCAUCAACAUACCGAACAGGAACACCGAGUCUCCCUCAAGUGAGGAUGACCUCAUCCCUAGCAAGCACAGCUUCCUUCACACAAAGCCUGGAGCCGUUAGUACUCCCUUCUCCCUGUCCACCCCCAUCACCAAGGUUGUCCAGAAUGACAGCUACACUGCGCCGGCCCCACUCGUCACACCCCCCCGAGCCGCUCCUGCCCUGCAGGGGACACGCACGGCCCCCGCCGCCGUGCAGCCCGUCUCGCGCACUCUCGUCACCGGCCAGGGUCAGCAGGGGGGUGCCAGCGGGGGCGCCGCUGCACCGCCGGCUGCUGCACAACCUGCAUUCAGUCCUUUAGAGGGAACCAAGAUGACGGUGAACAACCUGCACCCGCGUGUUACAGAGGAGGACAUUGUGGAGCUGUUCUGUGUCUGCGGUGCCCUGAAACGAGCCCGGCUCCUCAAGGUCGGCAUUGCUGAAGUGGUCUUCGUGCGCAAGGACGACGCCAUUAACGCCUACAGGAAAUACAACAACCGCUGCCUGGAUGGCCAGCCAAUGAGGUGCAAUCUUCAUAUACAGGGAAACGUGAUCACCUCAGACCAGCCAAUUCUGCUGAGACUAAGCGAUACUCCAGGAGGAGGUGGCCGGAAGGAAGGAGCUCGCGCCUCCCUCUCUCGCUCGGGCCGUAGCAACUCCUCUCAGCCCACGCCGGAGGUGGAUCCCCAAACCAUCCUAAAGGCACUUUUCAAAUCCUCGCCUCAGGUGGCCCCAUCCAGCGAAGCCGCUGGUGCGCAGUCCGCCACGUACCGCGUCAAGAUCUGACGGAAGCCGCGGUACGAAUGACCUGUGGCUCCCAAUGCAAGACAGACAGACAGACAGACAGACAGACAGACAGACGGACGGACGCACGCAUAUACAUACACAGACCAAUGAACACGCACGCAUAUACAUACACAGACCAAUGAACACGCACGCAUAUACAUACACAG